AUGAAUAUGAGGAACCAUGGCGAUCGAGAAGUCAGUCGAGACGCAAAUUUGACUUGGUCAGGUGGGAAUGAGAAUCAUGCCAUGGAUCUGAUGUCAAUGAUCUCUGGAGCCACCCAAGACUUCAAGCUCGUUCUCGACUUUUUACCAGCAUAUCUUCCACAAUUCACCACAUUUCACAACAUCAUGCUUGGUGUAUCCCUAGGGGGCCACACAGCUUGGCGCAUGGCCUUGGCCGCACGAAGCCAGAUCGAGGCUUUCGCAAUGGUUGUUGGCUGUCCAAACUUGACGUCUCUCCUCCUCGAGCGUCUAGGCAUCGACGCCGCAGUAUUUGGCGUAAAGGGGGAAGAAUUAGAGACGAUUGAAUACAGUCAGCUAGAAAAGGUCAUGAACGAGCAGCAGCGAAGACGGUGGCCACGAGCGCUGGCCGAACUGACCCGCAAAGACGAUCAAAGGAUACUUGAAGAGUUUCCCACUGAUGUACCAGUGUUUAUGUGCAACGGCGAAUACGACAAACUGGUUCCUUCGCGGUAUACAUCGGCAUGGCUGGAAAGGAGAAAAGCGAUGCUGAAAGGAGACGUAGCCUCAGAAGAAAGCAAAGCUAGGCUGUUUGUGCAGGAGAACACGGGGCAUAGCUGCACGAAAGAGAUGGUGGCGAUGCUGGCCGACUGGCUAGGGGACUUAUAUAAACUAUAA